AUGGGAGUACCUGCGUUCUACCGAUGGCUGGCGGAGAAGUACCCGAUGGUGGUGGUGGACGUGGUGGAGGAGGAGCCUGUAGUGGUGGAGGGUGUCUCGAUUCCCGUCGACACGUCCAAGCCUAACCCCAAUGGCAUCGAGUUUGACAACCUCUACCUCGACAUGAAUGGCAUCAUCCACCCCUGCUUUCACCCCGAGGACAGGGUAAGCGCGGAAGCAUUCAUGGGCUUCUUUGUUUUCUUUUCGAAACCAUUUUCUUCUUCUCUGGCAGCACUGUGAAAAAUUGUUUUAGGAAUUUGGUAUAUCCUUAUACAUUUCACUGACGUGUGCGGCAUCAAAAAUUAAAUGUAAGAAGAGGGAAAAAAUGUCUUCGAUGGAAGUUCUGGCGGUUAUAGGAACAUAUUCUGGGGUCAAUAUGCCAAGAGUAUGAUUAAGUGGGGAUCCCUUGUAAACGCGUGGAAAUUUUUCUGAGUUUUUGUUCCAGUUUGCUCAGAGUGUAUGAAUUGAUGGGCCUCAGCUAUGCAGAAUAAUUCAUUGAGAAAAUAUUUUGCGAAAAUGUUCAGCUGUUUGGUACUAUGUGAAUCUUUGCAUUUUUUUUAUGCCGAGUGUUGAUCCAAGAAUUUAAGUGUUUGCUGACUUUGUUUUGGAUGCUUCUAAAGCCUGCGCCAACAACGUUUGCUGAAGUCUUCCAGUGCAUGUUCGACUACAUUGACAGAUUAUUCGUGAUGGUUCGGCCUAGAAAGCUUCUUUACAUGGCUAUUGGUGAGUGCAAGUUACUGUUAUCCUGAACCGGUGUAUUGUCAGUCAGUUGACAAGAAUGGUACAAAUGGUAGCUGUAGUUUAUCCUUAGCUCUGUACUCAUGGAACGUAUGAUCAUAUUCAGUAGCUUCAAUCGGGAUCCCAAGCAUGUGAUUGAUAUUUUCAUAAGUAGAUUUGGAUACAUCUGCACAUAGAUUCAGCCCCACAUCUGAAUGAAUUAGCUAAGUUUUACAUUUUUUUGGUGUUCUAGUUUAACAUGUUUUUUGCUGGGUUGUAGUGAUGUAUGUGUUGAAUUUUCUCUGUAGAUGGUGUCGCACCUAGGGCGAAAAUGAACCAGCAACGGUCUAGGCGUUUCAGAGCGGCUAAGGAUGCAGCAGAAGUGGUGGGCUCCUAUUUUUCAUAACGUCUUACUCUACUCUCUCUUGCUCCGUGACAAAGAUUUAACACUAAAUACAAGUGAUACGAUUUAACUAUGCACUUCGUUUUCUUCAGGCAGCAGAAGAGGAGAGAUUACGUCAAGAGUUUGAGAGCGAGGGAAGAAAACUUCCUCCCAAACAGGAAUCUCAAGUUUUUGAUUCUAAUGUUAUCACUCCUGGGACUGAGUUCAUGGCUGUCCUAUCGGUUGCGCUUCAGUACUAUAUUCAUUUGAGGCUGAAUCAUGAAGAAGGAUGGAAAAAUAUCAAGGUAUGAAUUUUGCAUCUGCACAUGCUCAUAUGUUGGUAACACAAGUUACCUUUGUUUUAAUAUUCGUUUAUAUUGAUGCAAUUGCUUCAGAGAGCUGCUUAUUAGUAAUAGUAACAAAACCUGGUCUUUGCUUAUUGUGUAAUUUCUUGAAGGUUAUCCUUUCUGAUGCAAAUGUUCCUGGUGAAGGGGAGCACAAGGUUAUGUCCUACAUUCGCCUCCAAAGAAACCUACCAGGCUAUGACCCAAACACUCGCCACUGCUUAUAUGGUCUGGUAUGUUAUUUUCUUCAUUCUUGCCCAAGUACCUUCUGAAGAAAGGAGAUCUAAGUUACAUAAUUUCAACCAUGAAUUUAUUUCCACGUUGGGGCAGCAUAUGUCAUUGUGAUUUUACUAUAAACUACAUGCUACCUUGUUUAGGAUUGAAAAGGCCUUCCGGACUCUUGUGUUUCUCAGCUGUCUAUCUUCUGAAGAAUUCGGAGUUGACUUUUUACAAAAAAAAACUCAAGCAUCAUAGGGAGAGACAUGUUAAUAUGACGUUGUCCUUUUUCUGAAAUUUUCUAUUAACCAAUUUUUUUGUUUAUACUGUCAGCAUAUUUAGUUGUGUUAAUGGGCGUUGUAGGCUCUAAUGGCCUCUCUUGUAUUGACCUAGUAUAGUUGUCCCUCUCUUAUGUAUAGUAAGUUUGCUUUCUCUAUCUAGCAUGGUAGCAUAGGAGGUUUAGACAAGAAUUUCAGUUUGACACUUAUUCCCUUACGGUUUCCUCCAGUGUCUUGCAUGUUUUUGUGGCGAACCUGUGCCCUAUUUCCUAAUCUAUGUACAGCCAUAUGCCUUAUAAUACAUGUCUAUGGGUGAUCUUUGUGGUAACAUGUCUUUGUGGUAGCAUAUAUGUAAUCCAUCUAGCAUAUGCCUAAUCUAUCUAGCAUGGUAGCAUAUGCCUUAUAAAAAUCAGCAUGGUAGCAUAUGUCUUUGUGGUGAUCUUGCUUUCUCCUACUUAUUCCCUCAGUCUCUGGGUGAACUCUUUCAAUACAGGUUGUGCAUGAUAUUCCGCUGUUUUAUUGUGUCUGUUGUCCGUCAACGCCUUAAGUUAUUAGUUGCUGCUGUAGUCAAUCGAUGGACUCACUGACCCAGUUCUUUCAUUGCUUUUCUCCUGCUCUGUUGCUGGUGGAAAACUGCAUCUUUGCCCAUGCAAGCAAACUAUCUUUCGCCUCGUUUACUCAACCUUACUUUGACAACGGAAAGUCUAAAAAAUUUAGGGUUUCAUCAAGCCGCUCAUGUGAUUUACAUGCAACUUUUUCACUUUCCUUAUCCAUAUCUUGGGUUGUGAACGAGCCUAGAUCCCAAAUGCGGUUUGCCUCUUUGCUUUCUGUUUACUCUCAGAAUGGUUUGAACGAGUUUUACUUGCUUAGUUGUUUGAUUCGUAUCUUGCUGCUAUUAAAUACCUCCUAGUCCCAUUCUUGCAUCUUCUGCUUAAUAUAAAGUCUUUCCCUGCACAUCUAUUUACGAAGUCAUUAAGCAUUUAUUUCUCAAUUUUAUGUGAUAAAGCUGAUGUACUAUUGACUUGUAAGCUCCUUGAUGGGAAGUGUUCAAAUAGUUGGUCGUCUUGUGCUAGUAGCCUGGUAUCCCAAAUGAUGUAUCCUUAUGUGAACCAAGCAUAGUCAUCCCCUCUUGUACUAAUUCCAUAAUUAUUCUAUCACGAAGAUGUACGAUAAUGAAUUUUAGUUAUGAUGGGUGUUUUGUUUUGGGAUAGGUAUAUGGUGAUUUUUUAUUGGUUUGGAUGCCCAAAAGUUGCACAUUUUUGUUGGUCUAUGUUUCGAGAAUGUAAUCCAAAAUAUGUUCUUGUGGCUUGUACUGAAUUUUAGUUAUCUUGAUACCGACUUGUGCAUAGUGAAGUUCUAAUCAUGCCAGCUUUGGGUGCACAAAAUGCAUUUUCUCAAACUUGUAUAUUCGAUCGUAGUUACUAGCUUUUGUGCAUCUAUGUAGGAUGCAGAUUUGAUCAUGUUAGCCUUGGCCACGCACGAAGUGCAUUUUUCAAUCUUAAGAGAGGUCAGUGUUUACUAUCAUUUUUUAGUCAAUUAAUUAUGUCUAGGGAAAUUGACAUUUGAACAUGAAAAGUUUCUUCCUUGGAUUAUAGUACAUGUAACAUAAUAUGGAGGAUAGGUAUCCCAGAUUCUGUUUUCUAUGGAAAUGAACUGAAAAAUGCAAUCAUUCCUGAUUUUCUGGAUUGACUCUUUCAGAUCGUGUUCACACCUGGCCAACAAGAUAAGUGCUUUUUAUGUGGUCAAAUGGGUCAUUUGGCAGCAGAUUGUCAAGGAAAAGCAAAAAGAAGAUCUGGGGAAUUUGAUGAAAAGGGUGAUGAAGCUUCUGUUGUGAAGAAACCCUACCAGGUCGGCUUUUAGGUUUCAUAUUAGUCACACAGCAUCUACAGAUGCCUCUAUUUCUGGCAAUUAACUUGUUACUUCUUCACUCAUCUGUCGUGUCUUUACAAUUUGUUGCAGUUUCUUAAUAUCUGGACCCUUCGGGAAUACCUGGAUUAUGAAUUUCGAAUCCCUAAUCCUCCUUUUGAGAUUGACCUGGAGCGCAUUGUGGAUGAUUUCAUUUUCAUAUGCUUCUUUGUUGGCAAUGAUUUUCUUCCACACAUGCCUACACUUGAAAUACGUGAGGUUUGUUUCUACUUGUUUUUUUUUUAUUUACAUUUUCCUCUCCUUAACUGUUGAUGGAUCCAUGACUUGUUAGUUUUGGCUAAUAACCUUGGCUCGUGCUAUCUAACUAAAUAACUCCACAUUACUCGUUUAAUGAUUCUUCACGUUUUUUCAUCUUACAAUUGUGCAUUUUGAUGUGCCAGCUUCCAAGUGUACAAGAAGUAUGGUGUAGUAUUUUUUUAUGUUGUAACAUCUGAAACUUUUUUGCUCAUAGGGUGCAAUAAACUUGCUUAUGGCCGUGUACAAAAAGGAGUUCAAGGCAAUGGGUGGUUAUUUGACAGACUCGAGCAAGGUUCCAAAUAUUUGUGAUUAACUUUGAUAGGUGUUCCAUUUGGUUUUCUCUUCAAGAGAUUUUUCUUUGUUCCUCCAUGAUAUUUGAUUUUGCCACUAUUUUUUUGUUUCCUCAACAGCCAAAUUUGGAAAGAGUUGAGCAUUUUAUACAGGCUGUAGGAUCCUAUGAGGAUAGAAUCUUCCAAAAAAGAUCUCGCUUACAUCAGGUUGGCCUUGUUUCCAAGUCUGUUAUUUGAUAAUUCAGCAUGGAUAAUUUCCAUCUUCCAAGAAUUACUUCGUCAAUUUCGAAUAUCUUUAUCAAGUGAUGGUUUUUUUUUCUUCCCACUUAUAAUUUCUGAAGCAGUCGAGGCAUUAUCUUUUCCAAUUGUUUUGACAUCUAAUGACCAAUAGUCCAAAGCACUGGAGGACAUUGUGUAAAGUUUAUUUUCAUAAAUUGUUACAUAUACUUUAUAUAAAAAACAUUGACUAAUUGAGUGUACGAGAUAAUGGAAGGCUAUGAAUUGUUAUUAGGAAGCUUGUGUACAUUUUGUAAUCAUUUCAAACCUCUGGUUAUGAUUUUUUGCGAGGGUUUUUUGUAUUCGAACAUCCGAGGAUGAUCCUAUUCAUGUGGCAUAUUUAGCCGAAUAAGAAUGGGCGUUUGUGUUACACAUUAAGCUGAACACAUGGCUGUCCGUUUGCCCAUUCUUGUGAGGCCUAUUAGCUUACUUGAAAUUAGUCGUUGCUUAAAUUUCUCACCUAGUCAUCAAGCGAAUGAUGUAGCAGACAAUUUUUUGGUCACCUUGGAAUUAUGACUUCUAAUCUAUCUAAUCUAGCGCUAGGAUCUUAAUUGGUUGGUACGACAACGAUCGCACAUUAUUGAGCCUCAUGUGUCCGUGUGUGUUUUGGUCUUUGGUUACCAUGAUUUUAAAAUCUUAAGGAUAAGUAUGGCCUUGGUUUUCAUGAUUCUUUAUGGAUUCUUCAGCGGAAAAGAUGAUUCCUUCCCGUUUGUCUUGUGUGUGUAAAUGAUGAAUAGCUUCUAGGUUCUGUUCUGUUAACAGUGGGAAAGAGGAGGCAAUUAUUUCUGCUAUAAAUUCUGUAACAUUCUUUUCAUUUUCUAUCAUUCUGUUUCUCAAGGGAAAAUGCAUUCGUGUCCACUAUAUUUUCCUUCAAAAUAAUAUCAUCAGGUUCUGUAGGUGUUCAUGUUUACCUCCUAAUUUGUUGUCUUUUUUCUUCUUUUUUUUGGGUGAACCAGCGCCAAGCUGAAAGAAUCAAGAGGACAAAGGCGCAAGCAAGACGAGGAGAUGAUAUAGAUCCACUAGUCAGACCUGACUUAUUGGUUCCUGUUUCUCGUUUUGGGGGUUCCCGUCUUGCUUCUGCCCCCGCCCCUUCACCAUAUCAGCAGUUAGGGUCUUCUUUAAAGUCAGAGAGCUCAUUGUCUUUUAAAAAAGAGAAUCAGGUUGGACAAGCUACUACAGCGAUGUCAGAUCUUGACAUUCGAUCCAAGAAAGUUGCUCGCAUCUCAUCACAAGGAACAACUAUUGGUGCUGCUCUCAUAGAAGCUGAGAACAGUCUUGAAUUAGAUGUAUGUUUUUCAUAUGACAGAGGACUCUCAUUUUAUUUAGUGCUAUGUAAUAUAGACUUGUGAAAUCAUAUUACAAAUAUAGAGCAUUUUCUUUGUUUGAUUAUAUUGUAUUAUUCAGUCCAAUCAAAAUACGCAUUCUAAUUCUUCUCUCUUAUGGUUGGUGUCAUUUGUAAUCUUCGUGUCUUUUGACAGUUUAAUAAUUCUAUUAUAGGUGUAUGAAAAUAAAGAAGAACUGAAAUUAAGGGUCAAGAAUUUAAUCCGGGAGAAGUCAGAUCUUCUUAAUUCCGAUAAUCCAGAGGAAGACAAGGUAUGCAAAUAUUGCAGCACAAAUCUAUAUCACUGGUCUAGAUUUUUUACACUACUGUGCUACCUACGGACAAGGUCACCUGUGCCCAAAGUUUUGAUUUUACAUGACUUUUUUUGUCUUUAGGUUAAACUCGGAGAGCCUGGGUGGAAAGAAAGAUACUACGAGGAUAAGUUUUCCGCGAAAACACCUGAUGAAAUUGAGUUGAUCAAGGAGGAUGUCGUAAGUUAACUUAUUAUUUUUAAAACUAUGGAUUUCUGCAAUUUUCCUUGGGUCAAUGCUGUCACGAAAAUAAAAGCUUUUGUUAUGACUGAAAAAAUAACGUGGAAUUUUCAUUUAUUUCUCGUGGUGAAUUAUGGUGAAAUAACAAUAAGUGCAAACAGAUAAAGUGGACAAAUUUUCUUGUCAACUCUCUUGGAUUCAAAAUUCCUUUUUUUUUUUUAAACUGUCGAACAUUAGUUUGAUUUUAGGGGUCUGGGGAGGUUUGCUAUAUUAAGAGAUAUUUUGGAACAGUUCUAUCCACUGCUAUCCCGGAGAACACUCUUCCGUAGCCGCAAGCAUCAUCAUGGUAUUGUGGACAAAAGAGAAUUAGACUGUUUUAAGAUGCAGAAAAGAUAAUUUUUUCCUCCAUGAGUCUGAAUGGCGUGAAUCAAUUGGGAACCUGAUCAAUAUAUAAUGUUAAACCCAAGUACAUUGCAACAGUUCUCUUUUGAAGAGAUUCUGGAGUCUUACAAUCCCAACAAAUGACUACCUAUAGGUAAAAUCCCUGAUAUGUAAAAUCAGAUAAUCUGCAUGUACUUACUGGAUACAUGUUAGUACCAGCUACCAGGUUUUUUGUUGAUGAUGUUUUCUUUGAUACCUCUCUUAGCUCUUAUGUAAUCGUAAAUUCUUAAUUUAUGAUUGUGAACCUCUUUUGUAAUUACUUCAUACAGAUAAACAAUUUUUUUAGUGCCCGUGCACUAGCACCACCUUUUCUAGUUCGUCUUUUUUUUGGGAUCGCAGAUUGUUUGACUUCUAUCGUCCCCAUAGUUUUUUUUUUCUUGAAGAAUUUUUCGUUUGGCUACUUCCUGUAGUUGCUAAGCGAUUUGUUCUGUGUAAUCAGGUCAUGAAGUACACAGAAGGCUUGUGCUGGGUAAUGCAUUACUACUACGAAGGAGUUUGUUCGUGGCAGUGGUCAGUCAUUUUUGAACUGUUUUUUAAAUCUUAUCAGGGGCAUCAUGUAUCAACAAAUAACUUUUUGCUUGUUUCAAAACUGAAUGCUGUAUUUGAUUGGAAAUAGGUUUUAUUAAUCUAUAUGGAUUAAACAAAAUGUUGUUCGUUGCUUGUCCUUUCUUAUGUAUGAUUUGUUGCUUAAUGUCUCUUGCUUUCAACUAGAUCACUUGUCAGCCGAAUACUUGAGGUUGGCCGCUGCUGUACACCAAUGUUGUUUGCCGGGCACUAAAAUUUUAUGGAUCAUAUCAAUGUUGUUGGCUUCGAUUUUUGAAGUAGAUAUAGGGUGAUUUGUAAUUUUACUUUCAUGGAAGCGUUCAGCUCUCUUACUUGGGUUGUUUUCUUUAUGUUUUAACAUAUACGUUCUUCAACAAUCUUGAGGACCCAUUGAAAAUGAAAUUUUAAAUUUGGAUUUUAGAAACGUAAAUUAAGAGAAAAAUGGUAAUCAUAUAAACGUAAAUUUUCUUCGUAGUUAUUGUCCAUAAUCAUAAUUAUUUAAGAAUGUAAUAUUCUCAGUUAACAAUGAUAGUCAAUCUUUGAUUCUAGCGAUAUAAAUUUUGGCCAACUAGCAAUAAAUCAAUCUUAUGAUUUUGCCAUAAUUUUGUCGUGGUUUAAAGAUCACCCUGGUGAUGAUUGAAAUUACCCUAUUUUUCGUUGUUAGGGCUUCGAAAGAACGUUUUUUGUGUAAUCAUUAGCAUCACUGUGUUGUUCAAUGUCAAAUGGGAGUCAAGGAGACUUCUCAGAGUUUUAGACUGGCAUGGUGAAAGAUUCAUGUCAUGCAGGCUGCUAUGCAGCUUGCUUUCAAAGUUUGAGUUCUUCUGCUCGUUUUCUUGUGAAUUGCUGGGUUCCAUAUAACUUUUGGAUCCCUUGGGAUGAAUAUUUUGGUGAGAAACUUUUUGAAAGUUUUCACUCAAUCUUAUAAAAGGAACAUAAGAGGAAGAUACUGGUCAUCCGAAAAGAGGGUAUCAUGAAUUUUUAAGUAAGCAUGCUUGUAAGUGCCGACUGUUAACUUUAAAGUUGACGACUUUGAGACUGUUUAUUGCGAUAUAUAUAUAUAUAUAUAUAUGUGGACCCACCCACUUGAACAGUUCUUGAAUAUUUCUUGACUUGGGGCUCUUUACGUAUGCCUUGUCAUCCUCGGUUGUACCCGUCCAUAUAAAUGGACAUCUUUGAGAGACCUCAAAGCGUAAAAAAAUUGUUUAUGUGCCAAGUGCUACAUUUUUGUGGUUGAUGGCCCUUGUUCAAUGCUAAAUAUGCCUGUUCCACUUUUAACCAAAUGAAUCAACUUUGUGUACUGUUUAGCAUCCUUCCAUGUGUUUUUCUCUCGGCCCAUUUAUUUAUCCGGCUACCUUAAUGUCUGAAAUGAGGCUUAUUUUGUGUAUAGUUUGAUUAAUUUGGCAAAUAAUCAUUAAACGUUCUAUAGCUCUAGGAUUGUUUGACAUGCAUGAACUUAAUAGGACUCUAUCUUCUUUUUGUUUACUUUCGUUUAGGUUCUAUCCCUAUCACUACGCCCCUUUUGCAUCUGAUAUCAAGAAUCUGAACAAGUUGAAUGUGAAGUUUGAGCUCGGCACUCCUUUUCAACCAUUCACUCAGCUGAUGGGUGUUUUCCCUGCUGCAAGGUUUGUUUGUCUUUCACUAGGGACGCUCAAGCUUUUCUCUUUUACUUUUAUUGUGACUAAGAGGGACCAUAUCUUUGCAGCGCACAUGCACUUCCUGUUAAAUACAGGCAGCUGAUGACGGAUCCAAAUUCACCCAUCAGUGAUUUCUAUCCUACUGGUAUCUUUUGUAUUUCAGACAAUGACAUUCCCCUAUCCAUACACUUUGUACAAAUCUCUUGAUGGUCUUCUUGUUCUGAUGUCAGAUUUUGAAGUGGACAUGAACGGAAAAAGAUUUGCAUGGCAGGUUGGAUUGUUCAGCUUUCGAUUGUUAAAAUUUUACGCAUGGGCCCAUAUUCUUUUAAAUGCUAAUUCUUUUUGUUUCUCACCCACUUAGGGUAUUGCAAAACUCCCAUUUAUUGAUGAGACUCGCUUGCUUUCUGAGAUCAAAAAAGUAGAGCAUACUUUGACGGUAUGUUCCUUUAGCUACCAAUGCAAAUGGUUGUUUUAUGCCAUCACAGACCUCUUUUUGGCCAACUGAUCGGUUUGUUUAUUUUUAUGUAGGAGGAAGAAGCACGGAGAAACAGUGUUAUGUUUGACAUGCUUUUCAUUAAUUUGUCCCAUCCUCUUUGUCCCUUUAUAUUCUCUCUCCAUGAUCGUUGCCGACAGUUAUCACUUGAAGAACAGGCUAAUGUAAAAGAAAAGAUUGAUCCGAUAGCCAGGUAGUUGUUGACUGUCUCGUUUUAAAUAUAUGCACUCACUUAGACAAAUGUAGGUUAUUAAUUGACGUUAUUUUAUCGUGUUAUCUAGAACUGAUUUUCCUUUGUCUCAUCUCCAAGUUGGAUCGAUGAGAUUUCUUGAUGGCUGUUCUAGUUGAAAGAGCUCUGGUCUUUACAUUCGACUAAAGGUGGUCAAUUUUAAAACAGAUGAAUGAUUCCUAACUGAGCAUCUCGACUCAAGAUGCUAAAUAGAUAAGAGAUCCCUACUAAUGUAGGGAGAUGGAUUCGUUUUGGUUGUGUAUCAACUCGUGUUCUGAAAUGAUGUCGUAUUUUUUAUUUCCUUUGAUAAGUGAUGUAACUCUUCUCCUUCUCUAAUUCGAACUCUUGGCUAUGAUAUGCAGCGGUGGCAUGAAUGGAUAUUUAUGCCUCUGUAGCGGAGAUCCAUGCCCCCCCGUCUUCAGGUCUCCUAUUCAAGGAAUGGAAGAUAUAAUGAAUAACCAUGUGAUGUAAGCUGUUACAGCAGUCUAUUUGCUUAUCAUUUCCUUUCUUCAGGGAAUCCGGUUGUCACAUAAAUUUCUGAUCCCAUCUCCAGAUGUUCUGUCUACAAGCUUCCGGAUCCUCACAAACACAUUCCUAGGCCACCAGCAGGCGUCACACUGCCCGGAAAGGUAAAACUUGUAAUCGUAUCUUUAUUAGUUUACCGUGAGAAAUUUCUAGAUGCCUUGGUUUGAUGAUUCUACAAAGAUCAUAAGGGGUCGUUUUAUAAACGUCACAAAUUUCUGAAGAGUCCGUCGGUUGAUCAUAAACGUUCACUUGGGCAUUCAUGAGGGGUCUUUUUACUCCUGAUGAAAUAUGGCUGUGGGAUUGAAGAGUGGGGUGUGGGAUUGUUGGUAGAAUCUUUGAUUUCUUCUGUUCGAAAACAUUUUAACAGGUAGAGCUGACUUUGAUUUACAACGCAUUUGUGAGCCAGAAAUAUGCUACUUGGGCUGUAGACGGAUCCUGGAAACACAAAUGCACCUUGCUAGGGUAGACAGGCGCUCGGUCAAAAUCUCAGAGCUUUUCCCUCCCAUGGACGACAAUUAGCCUAACUAGAUCCUGUUUAUUCCUUAUUCUUCAUUUGAUGUGCUCUUGUGUCCUUGGUUCACUCGAGAUACGUCAUUCAAAAAUGGAAAGCUAUUCAUGCCGGCGGGAUCUCAAUCGUUGGAUUGCUUCCGAAUAUAGUCAACUUCUCUUCAAGUCAUCUUCGAUCAAACUUGGAUGCAUGAAAUCUUUAUGAAUCCUUUAAAAGGGCAGCUUUUCAGAUGUCUUCUCAUCGCCGAAUAUAUAUGGCUCGUAUAUGUCCUUCAUAUGAUUUAUGACUCAAAGAUUUUAUAUAUUUAUUGAUUUGUUUAUUUCGCUAUGAACAGCCCAGACUUCCAUAUUACAAUGUGAUUUGGAAAUUAUUAUGCUAUGUUGAAGGUUUUUAUUACCCAGUUGACAAAUAUUCAUGCAGAUUGUUACGAUCGGAAACCUGAAGCCCGCACCAGUUCUGUGGCACGAGGACAACGGGAGGAGGCCAUUCGAGAACGGAAGGUAUGCAUACACCCACUCUUCCUUCAUCCAUCACACUCAUUCCAGAGACCAAAAACCCUAAAAGAACCCACACACCCCAUCCCAUCUUCAGGCAAAACCCCCCCGGGACCAUAUCCGGCAGGCAGCUCGGAGAUGCAGCCCACCGGCUGGUCGUGAACAGUCUACAGGUCAACCCCGACUGGAACCGCCCUGGUUUGAUCAACUCCGCGUCAUCGUAUGGAGUCAACAUGGCCACCGCCAUGUACCCUAAUGGGACGCACCACCACAGAGGACCGCCAAGGCCGGGCGGCUACGGCGGUGGCGGACAGUGGCAGCCGAUGGACUCAUCCAACCAUUACCAGUACGAGAGGUCGACCAACACUCGUCAUCAUCAUAACAUGCCCCCACAUCAUAGCGGUGGCGGUCAGUAUGGAAGGGGGAGCUACCAGUGGCAGGCGGUCGGAAGGGGAAGUGGUGUUCAGGGGUAUGGCCAGCACGGCGGGUACCCCCAGCCCUCUUCAUCUAGGCCUAUUCUAUCUCAACCGCCGCCGGUAGCCGCCGGUGAGCCGUACGUCGCCCCUCCCGGCGCUUACAGCCCCUACGCCGGCUACCAGGCUUAUGUAUCCCAGCACCCUCAGCAGCAGCAGCAGCAGCAUGAUAAUUGGCAGGGGAUGCCGAGAGGCCAAGCCCCGGCCAGCAGGAGUGCAUAUGAUAAGCCAACGCAUGGAUCUAACAGGUUCUCCUCCUUGAAGAGAGGGGGCGACGAACGGAGGCACCAACGCCCUCCCGGAUUUGACCGGCGAUGA